AAAAACUCACUACCGCAAAAACAAAAUAUACCAAAAAAAAAACAAAAAAAAAACAAAGAAGGAGAAAACAAAUCACGUUUAGUUACAUACCUUUUCUCCAUAAUGUCCCACCUUUCUAUAACUUAACCAAUUAAUAAGAGCCGCCUGGUUUUUCUUCGCUCUGUUUUCACAAUAUCCGAUAGGCGGAAGCUAACAAUAAAAACACAUUCCAUGUGAAGCUUUUGAAAAUUUCAAAAAAGAAACCACAAUUGCACUGUUGAAAUCAUGUCCACCUCGUUCUUGUCACCAUCUAUCUCUCCAUGCAAGAACAACUCCAAUACUCAUCCUUUACUUUCUCUGUAGCUCUCAAAUGAAUUCUGGAAAACAUGUGCCUUUCUCAACCUCAUUGAUAUAAGCUUUAUUUAUUUAUUUUUUUUGCUAGCUGUUUUUUCUUUUUUUCUUUCCAGAUGACGCAUUUGGAUCCGAAAGCUGUUUUCGUGCCGUGUGUUUUGCUAUUAUGGUGUUUUACUCUGGUUAUCUCUAUUGCCGGAGACUACGAGAUUCUGUUGCGGGUCAAGAAUGCCCAGAUUGAUGACCCGCAUGGAAAUCUACAUGAUUGGGUUCCGAACAAGGAUCAUAAUCCUUGCAACUGGACUGGAAUUACUUGUGACCCAAAGCAGCUCGCUGUGAUUUCGAUAAACCUAUCUGGGUUUGGAAUUUUCGGUGGAUUCCCAUCUGGGUUUUGUCGGAUUCAUACGCUCCAAAACUUGUCUCUCGCGAGCAACAACAUCAACGGCACUCUCUCAUCGGAGUCUCUCUCGCUCUGCUCUCACCUCCAAUUACUGAGCCUCUCCAACAACCUUCUCGUCGGAAGAUUGCCGGAGUUCCCACCUGAGUUUAGCCAGCUGCAAGUUCUCGACCUCUCGCUGAACAACUUUUCCGGCGAUAUCCCGGAUAGUUUUGGUCGGUUCCCGGCCCUGAAAGUGCUCACUCUGUCUUCAAACUUGCUAAGCGGUCAAAUUCCUGCGUUCUUAGGCAAUCUUAGUGAGUUAACUCGGUUUGAACUCGCUAUAAAUCCUUUCAAGCCAGGUCCUCUGCCUCCAGAAAUUGGAAACUUAACCAAGCUUGAGAAUCUAUUUGUUCCGACCGCGAAUCUCGUUGGCAGCAUACCUGAGUCUAUAGGAAAUCUUGUAUUGCUGAAAAACCUUGAUUUGUCAGACAAUGAUCUAUCUGGUCGAAUCCCUGAGAGUAUUGGAGGUUUGAGAAGCGUAGAACAGAUUGAACUGUUCGGGAAUCAAUUAUCCGGUGAAUUGCCUGAAAGUUUUGCCAAUCUGAGCGCUCUUACUAAUUUAGAUCUUUCUCUGAACCGUCUCACGGGCAAAUUACCGAACAAGAUUGCCGCAAUGAGUAUAGGUUCUCUGAAUCUCAACGACAAUUUUUUUGAAGGAGAAAUUCCUGAGAGUUUAGCAUCGAAUCCUAACCUUUGGGAAUUGAAGCUCUUCAACAACAGCUUUUCAGGGACUUUGCCGGAAAAUCUCGGCCAAAAUUCAGAUUUGGAAAAUUUCGAUGUCUCUACGAACAAGUUCACCGGUGAGCUGCCUAAGUAUCUCUGUUUCAGAAAGAAGCUUCAGAACAUCAUCGCAUUCGACAACCGUUUCUCUGGAAAUUUGCCAAGCACGCUAAGCGAGUGCUCUUCUCUUGCUUAUGUUCGAAUUCAGAACAAUGAACUUUCUGGUGAAGUACCGGUCAAUUUUUGGGGUUUGCCCUUGCUGUAUUUCCUUCAAAUGGAUGGUAACAGAUUCAGGGGAUCAGUUUCGCCCUCCAUUUCUAGUGCGCGUAACCUCUCGACGUUGCUGAUCUCCGGCAACAACUUCUCCGGCGAAUUUCCGAAUUCGAUUUGCAGAUUACAUGAACUCGUAACCCUCCAGGUGAGCAGAAACCAGUUUUCCGGUGAUAUUCCUUUCUGUAUUACGGAACUGAAGAAGUUACAGAAGCUUAGAAUGGAAGAAAACUUGUUCUCUGGGAAGAUUCCGAGUUCCGUGAGUUCGUGGACGGACUUGACUGAGUUGAAUCUAUCUAGAAACCAAUUAUCCGGCGAAAUUCCGCCGGGACUGGGCGACUUGCCGGUGCUCAAUUACCUAGACAUCUCCGGGAACUCCAUUACCGGUGAGAUUCCUGUGGAGCUGACCAAGCUGAAGCUCAACCAGUUCAAUCUCUCAGAUAACAAACUGUACGGGAAAGUACCCUCGGGUUUCGAUCAGGAUCUGUUCGUUUCAAGCCUGUUGGGCAACCCAAAUCUAUGCAGUCCGGAUUUGAAACCCAUCCCUCCAUGCCAGAAAUCCAAACGCGAAUCCUUUUAUGCCCUCAUUGUUUUAUCCAUCUGCGUUGUGCUACUUCUCGCGUCUUCGUUAUGCUAUUUCAGAACCAAAUCAAACGCGUUUGGCGGCAAAUCCAAGAAGCUCCACAAGGUUACCACAUUCCAACGGAUCGGGUUCAAUGAAGAAGACGUUAUCUCAUCCCUAACGGACGAGAACAUCAUUGGGUCGGGCGGGUCGGGUCGCGUGUACAGAGUGAAUCUCAAAACGGGCCAAACCGUAGCGGUUAAGAAACUCUGGGAAGGGUGCCGAAAACCGGAUACGGAAUCCAUUUUCCGAUCCGAGGUGGAUACGCUGGGUCGGAUCCGCCAUGGCAAUAUCGUAAAAUUGCUAUUCAGUUGCAGCGGAGAGGAAUGUAGAAUACUGGGGUUCGAGUUCAUGGAGAACGGGAGCUUGGGCGACGCGCUGCACGAUGAGAGGAGCGUGAGUUUGCUCGACUGGCCGAAGCGGUUCACGAUAGCAGUCGGCGCGGCUCAGGGGCUGGCGUACCUUCACCACGACUGUGUUCCGGCUAUCGUGCACCGGGAUGUGAAGAGUAACAACAUACUGUUGGACGAGGAAUUCAGAGCACGUGUUGCUGACUUCGGACUGGCAAAGACUUUGCAACUGGAUGCUGAGGUGGCUGAAGGUCAUUGCGUCAUGUCACGCGUCGCUGGGUCCUACGGCUACAUUGCGCCGGAAUACGCAUAUACAUUAAAAGUCACUGAGAAGAGUGACGUGUACAGCUUCGGAGUGGUGCUUUUGGAAUUGAUAACCGGCAAGUGGCCAACCGACUCCUCCUUCGGCGACAACAUGGAUAUAGUAAAGUGGGUUACAGAGGCUGCCUUGUCGUCGUCCCAGGUAGAAAAAGAUGGUGUAUGUGGAUUUAAAGAUCUGGAUCGGAUUGUUGACCCGAUGAUGAAUCCGUCUGAAUGGGAUUACAGAGAGAUUGAAAAGGUUAUGCAUGUGGCUCUUCUGUGUACGUCGGCAUUUCCCAUUAACAGACCCUCCAUGAGAAGAGUUGUUGAGUUAUUGUUGAAGGACGCCAAACUAUCCUGCUCGAAAUGAUUGCUCUCGCUGGCCGAGGAGUGGGUAGCUCCAUUUGACUUUUGGGCACAACUAUUUUAUUUUCUUUAUUUUAUUUUUAACGGAUAUGGAAAUACUAGAAAUCAAGCUGAAGGUUGUUAAUAUAUAUAUAUAUAUAUAUGUUUGUUCCAUAAAGAAAAACUUGUUUUUAGCUAAGAAUUAGCGAAACAACUAUGUUAUUAAGAAAUUACCAGUUUGUAACACCAUCCAAUAUUUUGUUCUAAUUUGUAUAGAGGCUCAAUUAUAUAAAUCUUUAAGAUA